UGAAGUUACAAAUGCUUGUUUGUGCGUGAAAAGGAGUGGGCUGUAUAGUAUUCAAUUUUGUGAUUUCCGUCGGUCAAACGGCGUUUGGUUGCAGUACAUCGCUAAUGAAAGUUUCCAUUUCCUCGUUAUAGCUGGUUGGACCGUAUUAGAACGGGAAUUACUUGUCUCGGACGCAGUAUUGUUUCCAAGUGUAAUAUUACGCUUACAUCAAAUAGUACCUCAUGUCUAAAAUCACCUGUGUGCGUGCCUACAACUUCCACGUAAACCUCUGGGCAUGUUCUCAAGAAACCUGGCAGUAAAGUAAACGGCUUCGUUUAUCAUUACAUUUGAGUGGAGCCCUCUGUGUUGUAAACGACCCCGUCCUGCCACGAUGGGCUUCCGCUUCUGCCCAGGAUUCUGGCUCUGCUCGCGAUCGUCAGCCUACACCCUCGCCCUCGGCUUUGGGUUCGUUAGUCUGGGCACCAGUCGCAUCAUCCUCCUCAAGUUUUCAGCCAAUGCAGAAAAUAAAUAUGACUACCUUCCUGCCUCAGUGAAUCUGUUUGCUGAGGCCAUUAAGCUGGUCUUCUGUCUGGUGAUGUCUUUGAGGGUGAUGAUUCAGGAAGGCCGUUCCUACAAAGAAUGGGGCUGUUCCUCUUGCGCCGCCUUCCUCAGUUACAUGAAAUGGUCUGUUCCUGCAUUCCUCUACUUCCUGGACAACCUGAUCAUCUUUUAUGUGCUGACCUACCUGCAGCCUGCCAUGGUGGUUCUGUUUUCCAAUUUUGUCAUCCUGACCACUGCAGUGCUGUUCCGGGUUGUGCUGAAGAGGCGCUUGUCCUGGGUCCAGUGGGCGUCACUGGUAAUCCUCUUCCUUUCCAUUGUUUCCCUGACGAUGGGCAAGGGAGGGAACCAGCAAGUCACUGCGGUGCACAAUCUCCACCUUGGCCAGCACUCCACCCCUUCAAACAGCUGCCUGACGUUUACCCGCCUGGAGGCGGAGCAACAGAGCCACGGCAACGGAAGCAUAACCGGCUGGGGCGGAGCCUGGGGCAACGGUCUGAACGGCACGCUCAGCAGCCAGAGCCUGGGCCACGCCUUGCUCUUCGUGCAGUGCUUCAUCUCCUCCAUGGCCAACAUCUACAACGAGAAGAUCCUGAAGGAGGGCGACCAGCUGACCGAGAGCAUCUUCAUCCAGAACAGCAAGCUGUACGUGUUCGGGCUGGUCUUCAACGGGCUGACCCUGGGCGCGCACACGCCCUCCCGCGCCCUGGCCGCCCACUGCGGCCUGCUGUACGGGCACAACCGCUACUCCGUGGCGCUCGUCUUCGUCACGGCCGCCCUGGGCCUGUCGGUGGCCUUCAUCCUCAAGUUCCGGGACAACAUGUUCCACGUGCUGACGGGCCAGAUCACCACCGUCCUCGUCACCGCCCUCUCCCUCUUCCUGUUCGGCUUUCGGCCGUCGGCGGACUUCUUCCUGCAGGCCCCCGUGGUGCUGCUGGCCAUCUUCGUCUACAACGCCAGCCGGGCGCGGGACCCCGAGUACGCCCUGCAGCGGGACAAGCUGCGGGUCAUCAACGGCGAGGUGUCCGAGAGGCCCCUGGGGGACGGCGAAGAGCUGGAGAGGCUGACGAAGCCGUACGCGGAUAGCGAGUCAGAGGAAGAGUCCCUUUAAUGCCGCGGACCGGCGUUCACGCGGAAGAGACGUUUUCAUCUGCGUCGGCCUGCGGCCGCUCUGAGCUGCGUACAGCCGGCUUUGUGCCAACCGUCUCGCGUGCCUGUUUACCGUAUGUGUCAGCAACCAAAAAAAACCGUGCCUCCCUUCCAUUCAAAGUAAGGAAAAUCCCAAAUGCGCACGUUUCGAAACGCACGGCUGUGAUUGACUCGUGACUCGCCAGCUCUGCGAGAACCUCGCUUGAGGAGCUGUUUGGCUGGGCCAUGAUACGUGGCGUUGGAGAUGCCCAUACAGACCCUCUUUCAAGUUAUCAUGUGAAACGUUGACGACUGUCACAUUUUCAGAAUCCUUACUCCUUACAAAGUAAAGCACAGUUUACUCUACACUAAGUGCAAUCAGCAGAAUUUUAGAAAUAUGUCUCAAGGAAUACUGCUGUUCUUAAUUGUUUAACAAAGUUUUUUUUUUGGUCUGUGAGAAAUCAACAGUUCUUUUGACACUGAGGAAAUAUCGAGAAUUAGCUGCCUGUGGAUCCAGUGAUAUCCAUGCUUUUCAGAUGAGUUAUUUGUAAUAGCUGCACUACUAGUAACGACUGCUGUCAUUACUAGUAGUGCAGUUAUAUAUUCGGUUCAAAGUGUCUUAUAUUAAUGAAUCAAUGCCCUUUGCAUGUUCAAAUGUGUUUUGGGCUUUUUACACCCCAGUCAUAGGGUUUUAACACUACUUAUUUAAGCAUGAAACAAGGGUCAAUUGCAGUGUGCUUAGCUGGAGUUUAAACCUCAGGUUUAAACCUCUAGACCACAGAACUGACUUACAACUGGAACCGCUUAUCCUUAUUCCACAGUUUUGGAUUAGCUGUUCCAGUUGUAUUGCAGUUCUGUGGUCUUUAGGUUUAAAAUCCUGUGGUUUAAAAUCCAGUUAAGCACAUUGCAAUUGACCCCUAGGGUUUAAUUACAUAGAUGAGUGUAACGAACACUUGUUUUCAUGUUUUUAAUUGCUUUGACUCAAUUUGGGCAAAGCCAUUUGCAACUGAAUUUCAUAAAGAUUUUACUAAUGUGUCAACACGAUUCUUGGAUACUUAGUUAACAUUGUAAAACGUGUCUUGAGGUCUGACUUUUGGAACUCAGUUAAGAGUUUUGCACAUCAGAACAGUGCUGUGAAUAACAAGGGAAAGGCAAAGCAACUAGAAAAACCCGGAGAACAACGAGGACUACUUUGAAUGGUUUUAAUUAACAUAUUGUAAGUGAAGUAAGCUGCCUUUGUGAAGGAACUGAGCCACCAGCCUUGGCAGUAUAUUUAUUGUAUUACAAGGUAGGAAUUUACGAUGAGCAGUUUUGUCUCUGGAUCUAAGCUGUAUUUUGUGGACUGGUGUGUUUAUAUCUUAAGUGUAUUUGCCGUAAGCUGUGCUUACUAUGGGGUGAGGAUAAGUGAGAGUACAUGAAAUAAUAAAGACUUUUAUAAAUUAUUAA